AAUGCAACGUCAUACGGGUGAGUGACGUCACACAGGAACCAGCGAGCCUGACAAAUCAAGAUGGCGUCCCACGGCAGACCAGGAAAGAGAUUUCAUAAUAAAUAAAACAUAUUCGGCUGUAAUUCCAAUCGAAGCGGCGUACCAGUAGGAAACAGAGUCACAUUUGUAAGAGCAAAAGGGAGCGGAUACAGUGUACCUAAAUGGCUACAAGGAAGUCUGUAUCGGAUGCAUACAACAAUGGACCCAUCAGCUACCUUGAUGAUGUUCCCUUCAAGGUCAAUGAAAAGUUUCGCUGCCCUGCCAAAGUGGGUCUGCCUGUUGGCUUUUGUCCACCAGACUGCAGCUAUUUGUUGGCAGACACAAAGUAUGACUUUUCUCUGGAAAAUCGGAGUGUACGCUGGGGGAUUGAACUGGCUGAGGCCCGAGCAGCAGAGGCUCGAGCAGAAGAGGUCACAGCCCAACAGGAGGCCGAAGACUCGGCUCAAGCGCAGGACGUUAAUGGUAGCGGAGGAAAGCCACGGUCUGCUCUAGAUGACCAGGACCCUCCCCCGCCAGCAAUGAACCCUGUUCUGGCAGGACUGAGCCAUGGUGCUAUCUUAACUCCUCUUCCUGCUCCAAGUCUUGGUCCGAGGAAAAUCCAACCGAGCACUCCUCAGCCGCAUAGCCUCAACCUUGCUGACUUUGAGCGGGAAGAGGACCCCUUUGACAAGCUGGAGCUUAAAACAUUGGACGAUAAAGAGGAGCUUAGAAACAUUCUCCAAAGCCAGCCUCAACCUGCUCCUUCUGUAUCUCCACCAGAAGUGUCCCAGCUGGGGCCCACUUCACGUGGAAACAGCCCAUCUCCUCCCAGCAACACCAGCCUCCCAGCCAAACCUGGCUUUGCCCAUAAACCCAAUGGCUUAGUUUCCCUACUCGAUAUGGACAAAGUUGGGCAUCAUGGGAGAUCAGGGUAUGAAGCAGAAGAUCGACCCUGCAACAUACGCUCUCUGACUUUUCCCAAACUUUCGGAUUCUGGUGAUUCCGAUCCAGUAAGAUACAGCCCAUUCCCUGCACCCAUCCCUGCCCCCCGACACAACCUACCCAAUGGCAGCCCCCCAAUUCUACCCACAUCCCAAGUCAUUGUUGCCCCUGAGCCGCUCAGCCUUGACAAGGGUGGCGGACCCAAACCGGGAAACUCUGUGUCAGGCUCUGCUGGUUUGCCAUGCGGAGGGGCCCUGCUUAGCAUGACCCCCAGCGAGCGUCAAUGUGUAGAAACCCUGGUAGGCAUGGGGUAUUCUUAUGAGGGUGUUCUUCGGGCCAUGCAGAGACAAGGGCAGAACGUGGAGCAGGUACUGGAUUAUCUCUUUGUCCAUGGACGAUUGUGUGAGCGAGGCUUCGAUGCAAGCGCAGUGGAGGAAUGUUUAGAGAUGUACCAAUGCUCAGAAGAAAAGGCAUUGCAGUUCCUUGAGCUCAUGUCAAGAUUUGGCGAGAUGGGAUUCAAGCGGGAAGCCAUCAAAGAAGUGCUACUGGUCCACAAUAACGAUCAGGACAAGGCCCUAGAGGACCUGAUGGCUCGGGCCGCAGCAAGCUGAGCAACGAGUGCAGGGCCUGACUUCCUGUUAGUACCCUCCACAGCCCCCUUUCUUCCUGCCACACCAUGCCCUGCCACACACGCUGUGGGAGGGCAUGUCUAUUGUGUCUCCGGCACUUCUUUAAGACUGUGCCAAGAGUAUCAAUACGUCACAGCAGUAUUUUGUGUUGUCUUUGGAAAUAAAGCCAACUGGUACUGCUCGGAUAAUGAGUGGGGUGGAGAAUUUGGGCUGUGGCAAGUUUAUAUUUGCUUCCACGUGGAAGUGUUGAGCAGGUAAAGCUGCAGGCCAGACUUGUGAUGAGGUAGUCACUCAUAAAACUGCAUAACAGCUAAGCUGCCAUCUUCCACUGCUCAGUGCAGAGUUCCAGUCACAAGUGGUGGAGGCUUUCUGGAAACAAAGUCCAAAAGGAUAGCAGUCAAAAACCAGUCUUUUCAAUUUGGAUUGAGGAUUUUCAUCCUAGGUCUUCAAAAAUAAGCGAUGCUACCUGAACUAGUUCGCUUUUCUACCUGCACUGGAAAUAAUAACCCCUCUUGAUAACCGACACCCUGCUGGCAUGGACCCACACACACAGUUCUUCAUUAACAUAUUUAAAACCUACACUGACACUUUUAUUUCAACACAUAGUUUGAUGUAAUGUAAGCUAUAAUCAUUUACUUUAAGAAGCUCUUAAGUUUCUUUCUUUGCAUACUGGAAACAUGUGAAUGGUGGUGGGAAGUACAGUACAGGCCAAAAGUUUGGACACACCUUCUCAUUCAUCUUUAUUUUCAUGACUAUUUACAUUGUAGAUUGUCACAUCAAAACUAUGAAUGAACAUAGUGUGGAGUUAUGUACUUAACAAAAAAAACGUGAAAUAACUAAAAAAUAUAUUCUAAUUUCUUCAAAAAUAGCCACCCUUUGCUCUGAUUACUGCUUUGCACACUCUUGGCAUUCUCUUCAUGAGCUUCAAGCACACCUGUGAAGUGGAAACCAUUUCAGGUAACUACCUCUUGAAGCUCAUGGAGAGAAUACCAAGAGUGUGCAAAGCAGUACCGUAUUUUUCGGAGUAUAAGUCACACCGGCCGAAAAUGCAUAAUAAAGAAGGAAAAAAACAUAUAUAAGUCGCACUGGAGUAUAAGUGGCAUUUUUUGGGGGAAAUGUAUUUGAUAAAAGCCAACAGCAAGAAUAGACAUUUGAAAGGUAAUUUAAAAUGUCUAAAGAAUAGUGAACAACAGGCUGAAUAAGUGUACGUUCUAUGAGGCAUAAAUAACCAACUGCUAUGUUAACCUCACAUAUUAUGGUAAGAGUCAUUCAAAUAACUAUAACAUAUAGAACAUGCUAUACGUUUACCAAACAAUCUGUCACUCCUAAUCGCUAAAUCCCAUGAAAUCUUAUACGUCUAGUCUCUUACGUGAAUAAUAUUAUUGGAUAUUUGACGCUAAUGUGUUCAUCAUUUCACACACAAGUCGCUCCUGAGUAUAAGUCGCACCCCCGGCCAAACUGAAAAAAACUGCGACUUAUGGUCCGAAAAAUACGGUAAUCAGUGCAAAGGGUAGCUAUUUUGAAGAAAUUACAAUAUAUUUUUAGUUAUUUCACCUUUUUUUUUGUUAAAUACAUAACUCCACAUGUGUUCAUUCAUAGUUUUGAUGUAAAUAGUCAUGAAAAUGCAUUGAAUGAGAAGGUGUGUCCAAACUUUUGACCCGUACUGUAUAUAUGUUCAUGUUUUGUUUGUUUUCCAGCCACAUUACAGUGCAAUAGAGACACUUCAUGUUCUAUAACUUUGAGCCCCUCUAAUUGUUGGGAGAUGAAAGUCUUGCUGGAAAUGUGGAUGUAACUAGAACUGUUUUGAUUUAAGUUCAUUAUUUCAUUCCAUCUUUGGAUCCAAAUAAUCAAACAUGGCUAUUGUUGGUUGGCAUAUUCAUACAUGCAUUUGUUAAACAAGCAAUGAGUAAUCAUUUGUUUAAGAGUUGAUGUUUUCAGUUGUCUCAGCUACAAAAAGUUACAAAAUCCCAUAUUUUGAUUGAUUUAAUACACAGAAGUGAGCGGGCUGUGGAUAUAUUCUCUGCAUUGUUUUCUUUUACGUAGCCAAUGUAUUUAAGGGCUGAUACUGUUUUAACGACUGUAGGGCCUAUUUCUCAACUGAUAUUGUGUCAAACCCUAUUUGCCUAGGAAAAUAGCGACCAUCUAAAUGAGGCUCAAAUCGGUUCCAACACCAGCUAUGCGUUAAAAAAAAAGCUACAUGAACCAGAAUGGUCAACGUAGCUAAGCUUCAAAGGUCAUUUGGCAAAUGUUGCUUUAUAGUUCUAGGAAGGAACAAUUGUAAAGCAUUCUUCCAAUCAAUACUCCUCACUUAUCAGUGGUUGCUAGGGCCACCAUCUUCUGUGGCUCUAUUCUAUACCGUUUCCACACUCUAAUCAUCACCUUUGAUAAGACAUGUUAAUAGUGAUGUUCCAUACCACUGAUUUUCUUUCCAAGCUGGUUACUUUUUGCAAAUAUACAGUACAGGCCAAAAGUUUGGACACACCUUCUCAAUCAAUGCAUUUUCUUUAUUUCCAUGACUAUUUACAUUGUAGAUUGUCACAUCAAAACUAUCAAUCAAUCAAUCAAUCAAUGUUUAUUUAUAUAGCCCUAAAUCACAAGUGUCUCAAAGGGCUGUACAAGCCACAACGACAUCCUCGGUACAGAGCCCACAUACGGGCAAGGAAAAACUCACCCCAGUGGGACGUCGGUGAAUGACUAUGAGAAACCUUGGAGAGGACCGCAUAU